UCAUAGCUGCUGCCAGGUCCAGAGUGUCUAAUGGGUCCCUGUACGGCCUCCAUUGCUGCUGUCUCCAUCGCCACACUCUGCACAUGUUGCCACUUUCAGGUCUCCUCACACUUGCUGGUGUGUGCCAUUUUGUCAUAGGUUCUGGCAGAUUACGACGGCCUCCCAUUGCUGCUGCCAGGCCUGUAAUCUGCCAUGGGCCCCUGUACCGCCUCCUCAUGCUGCUGCCAGGUCCACAGUGUCUCAUGGUUCUUUGUACGGCCUCCCAUUGCUGCUGUCUCACAUCAGGCCACACUACUCUGCCGUGUGCCACUUUCAGGUCUCCUCACACUGCUGGUUGUGUUCCAUUUUGU